AUGAUGGUAGUAUACGGUGAAACAGAUGAAUACAAUAAUCACUCAGAAAUUCAAGAAAAUUGGGACAAUUGUCUGGUAAAAUGCUACUGGGAUGACGAUUGUUUAGUAGUACAAAAAGUGAACGACAGAUGCCGUCUAUUUUCUUUUGGCAGUUUAACUAUCAACCGACUCGACAGCUCCUCACAAUCGAUUUUGGCUUUUAAGAGAAAUGAGACUAACGAUACUUGUCCUGCGAAAAGUUUCCAACUUACAUUCGAAUCAUCUUCCAGUGAAUGGAUUGAUGAGAAAGGGUUUAUUUAUAACUUAACAUUCACUUCCUUCAAUAAUCAAUGGAUUUUUGAUUAUACAGUUACUCGUUGCCCAGAUAAUUCUGCUCUUUGGACAAGAAAUACCAGCAAAGGCAUUUUCCAUGUUUGUGUUGAAACUCGUUUAUUUCCAAAUAAUACCAAUAAUGUCUACGAAGAGGCACACAAUCUUUGCAUGGAACCGAAUGGAAUGGGAUUAACUGCACCAUUUGAUAGUACUGAAUUGAAAAGUUUUAUUGCUACCAAAAAGGAUUUGUUCGCUGCGGGGCAAAACAAUGGAGCUUUAGAUUCGACAAUGUGGAUAGACGGUAGAAGUUAUGAGUCAAAAAACUACAUUUACGAUGAUAUAAGUCAUGUUGGAACAGCGAGCUAUUUGUUUGGAGGAAAUGAACCAGAUGGUGUGGGACCAAAUUAUUGUUUAUUCCUAGAAUACAACAAUGGUAUUGGUGACAAACUAUGCAAAGACCUAGGAAGCAGCUAUGGGCGAGGUGCGUUUUGUCGUGUUCGUCCGAUUCCUGUUUAG